AUGUCGGCACCACCACCUCAGGGGCCGGGAGGCUUCUCCCUCUUCCCAAAUACUACUGCCAGACCACCGUCGAGGAGUCAGAACCAGCAGAGACCACCGACUAGGUCAGGGACACCUCAGGAGGGGCCGUCCAAUUCGACAGAGGCAUCGCCUCCUCGUGGUCCGAGGAUAAGGAGGGACUCUUCAGUCAGGGAAGGAAAGCAGAGGGUUGCAUCAACCAAUCCAUGGCAACAUGCUCUUGACGCUCGAGAAUCUCAACGACGGCAAUAUCCCCAGGAGAGCGAGACCAGGCCGUCCAAUGCUGUACCUGUCCCGGACCCCGUGGUUGAGACGGCAUGUGCUCAGCCGGUGAGCGAUCCACCGCAGCGAUGCGAGACAGCCUUCUCCGAAGCGCAGACACUUGUCAGGAGUAACAGCGCUCGAUCUCGAAGCUCAAUUGCCAAACCACCACUCACAUACGCCCCGGCCGGUCAACCUUCUUCUUCAGGAGGACCAUCUUCCUCGUCCCAUCAAAACCCACCACAACUUCGCUCCAUCUUUCCCACCUACAACCCCGAGCUUCCUCUGGACAGACAGGAGUACUACCCAAAAGAAGCCUCCCCAACCCGCAUUCCCCAAGCAGCCAUCUCCCGUCCUCUCUACUCCCCACGACGAGAGCGCGCCCCAACAGUCACCAGCAACCACAACCCUCAAUCACCCCCCCAAGGACCAAUCCAGUCCCCAGCGCCCACCACAACCUCUUCCCGCUGGCCCCGCCACCACGAACCGGCCGUAAUCCCGCCCGUCUCCUCAACAGAAGAACUGCGCUCCCUCUGGAAAGUAACCAACGGCUGGAAAGCCUCCUCCCUCGAAGGCCGCCCCUUCUGCCUCAAACUCACCACAACCCCGGACGCCCCGGUCUACACCCUCUCCUCCUCCACCUCGCAACCCUUCUACUGCCUCCGAAUCGACCCAACCUCCGCCUCCGCCCUCGUCUCCCUCUCCCGCUACGACCCAAACAAACCCUUCAAACAAUCCCCCCCCUCCCCAAACAGCGGCUCCCCCUCCCAAUCCCCAACCCCAGGUGGCGUCUCCCAAUCGGCAAACAUAAUCAACUCCUCCCCCUCCACGCCCCCCUCCUCCACCUCCCUCCGCACAAGCAUGUCCCUCCGCACAAGCAAAUCCACCCGCUCCCUCCAACACAACGCCAAAAACUGGCUAGAAGUCCUGACAACCUCCCUCACUCCCCCCGGCCUGAGGAACGAAAACGACGGUUUGGUCGCCCAGUUAUGGCCCUCAGCCGCAGCACGCCUGGUAGCCGACCGCUCCAACGACGCAACAACCGUGGCGCUCGCGCAGCAAGAAUCCGCGCGGUUAGUCUUCGAUCCCGAUUCGGGCAACCACUUCCUCGUCCACCCCGCCUUAGCCAUGCCCUUUUGCGUGACGAUAGAGAGAAACCCGGUUUAUUCAAGAACAGAAUACACCCUCGAGCACCUCGAAUCGCCCGUCCACCUCGCCAAACUCACCCGCGACGGGACAGGGCAGGGUUGGCUGGAAGUCGACACCUCCAUCGCGGCCAAGAUCGAGGCGGUGUACCUGGUUGAUGUUGUUGUUGCUGCGUUGGUGCUGGUCGCGCACGGGGACGACCAAUAUACCGCCGGUGUCGAGGUCUUCGAGCCGCCUCCAGUUGUUUUUGGUGGGGGGAAUGGUUCUGUCAUCUCCGGCGACCGUCGCUCUUCACGGUCGUCCAGACGGGCAGGGGGCGAUUCCCGUGCGAGCAUGAGAAGAGAAGAGAAACAACGGAAGAAAGAGGCCAAGAAGGCGGAGAAGAGGUCUAAAAGCCGAUCCAGCAAGAAGAGAAUGGAGCAGUUCGAGAUGGACCUCGAGAGCCAGGAUAGUGAAUACGGCAAACGAUCGGUGAAAGAAAAGGAGGAGAAGUUACCUGCUGUGUUGAGGGCGUUGGUGUGGCUGAUCAAGAUUUUCUUCAAAUGCUUGAUUGGGAGUCUAGCGCUGGUGUUUAAAUGUCUCGGGGGAAUCAUCAACGGGUUGGCGAGAUGUUGUGGGUUAGGGAAGCUAUAG